CCCCGCCCGCAGGUACCGCCGCGUCCCGCGGGGGCUCCGGGGGUCGGCGGGGGCCGGGCGGGGGUCCCGCACCCCCUUUUGCUGCGAGCAUCCUUCCCCCCCGCCCCCCGCUCUGCUGCCGCGCCCCCCCCGCGGCCGUUCCGGUGCGGGACCAUGAAGGUGAAGGUGAUCUCGGUGCUGGAGGACAACUACAUGUACCUGGUGAUCGACGAGAGCACCCGCGACGCCGUCGCCGUGGACGCCGCGGUCCCCAAAAGGUUGCUGGAGAUCAUCAGGAAGGAGGACGUGGUGCUCAGGGCCAUCCUCACCACCCACCACCACUGGGACCACGCGAGGGGUAACGAGGAGCUGGCGCGGCUGUGCCCGGGGCUGAGGGUGUUCGGGGCCGACCAGCGCAUCGGGGCCCUCACGGACGCGGUGACGCACGGCCAGGAGCUCACGUUCGGGGCCAUCCGGGUGAGGUGCCUCUUCACCCCCUGCCACACCUCAGGCCACAUGUGCUACUUCAUGUGGGAGGACGAUUCCCCGGAUGCUCCCGCCCUCUUCUCAGGGUCCCCUCCGUGCCCAGAGCCCUUUCCCACAGGUGACACCCUGUUCGUGGGAGGCUGUGGGCAGUUCUUUGAGGGGACAGCGGAGCAGAUGUACACGAACCUCACCCAGACCCUGGGGGCUCUGCCCAAGGACACGAAGGUGUUCUGUGGCCACGAAUGCACCGUCCGCAACCUCAAAUUCGCCCUGAAAGUGGAGCCGGAGAAUGAAAUGGUGAAGGAGAAACUCGCCUGGGCCAAGCAGCGGGAUGAGGAGGACCUGCCCACGGUGCCCUCGACGCUGCAGGAGGAGUUUCUCUACAACCCCUUCCUGAGGGUCAUGGAGGAGCCUGUGCAGAGGUUCACGGGCCAGACGGACCCCGUGGAGGUGCUGAGGACGCUCCGCACCGAGAGGGACAACUUCAAGAAGCCCAAGGAGAGGCCCAACCCCCCGGCCAUGCUGGCCUUCGACUGGGGGCUCUUCAGCCCCUUCCUCGACAAGAAGUGACGUCCCUGCCGUGCCGGGGGUCCCUCCUGGCCGUGCCCAGCCCGGACUCGCUCCCAGCUGGGAGCUGGUGUUUGUCUUUAACCCGCUCUGUGAGGCCGCUCUGCUCUGCUCUGCUCUCCCUCCGGCUCCGUGUGCGGCUCCCAGGGUGGUCCCUGGGGAGCAGGAGCACCUGGGUGCCUCAGGAGAGCCCAGGCUGUGGUGACCCCCCUGCUGCUGCUGGCAGAGGGUCGGGAGGUGUUUGGGCACAGGAGAUCCCGUCCCACAGCCCCGUUCCCGUGGAAGGGAGCUAAGGAGAAGCAUGGGAAAGGGGGGAUGCUCAGGGACUGUGGUGCUGUGACCCACCAGGCUGUCAGGCUCUCCUGCCUGUCCUCCUGCCAGGCCUGGGGGCUGCAUCCCACUCCCAGGGGAUUGUCUGAAGCAGCCACGUGGCUCCGGAGCCCCUGGGCCCCUGCCAGGCCCGGGAUGGGCAGGGAUGAGGCAGAGAGGCUCGGAGAGCCAAGGGAAGCUGGGAAUGACUGGUGUCACUGGUGUCCGUGGUACCCACCCAGCUGCAGCCCUGCCCUGACAGACACCCUCAGCACAGCGGGGUUUUGGUGGGUUUUUCCCUCUUUUCCCCUGUUUUUCUAGUAGGGAUUUGUAACAGCCGCUGCCUUCAGGAGCCACUGGAAGCCCUCAGCCCACGUGGGGUGUGCUCAGUGGAGUCCAGGAAUGCCCGAAACCCCUGGAUUUGCGAGAGGCUUUCCAAGGGGUGACAGAUUUUAGGCUGCCACACGUCCAUUGCUUUUUUCUUCCAAGAUAAAAAACUGGAAACCACUUGGCUGCAACUCCACGGACAUUGCCUUGCCUUCACUCCACCAGCCAGGGGGCAGCCCCAAGGCCUGCUCAGCCUCCAGUUUGUGCAACAUCAGGGCUGUAUUUGAAUUUUUAUUUUUUUUUUUUAGGUCUGAGAAAUGUGCAGAGUUUUAUUUGCAGCUGGGAGGAGGCACAUUGGCCUAGUAAAGCAAUUUUUGUGGAGAAAAUUGGGGUUUGAUGGCAGCUCCCAGCACUGGAAUAGAGUUGAUUUCAGGGUCUUUCAUGUGUGGGCUGUGAACUGGAGUUUGGUUUGAGGCUGUUCCUUCCCUGGCUGCAAACUGGGCUGAGGUUUUCCUUUUUGCCUUUUAUUAAUAGUUUAGAUUUACUCUCCCAGGUGAGAAGGGAGGGAUUAAUCUGCUGCUCGAGCUGCCUCGGUCCUGCUGCCUCAGAGUUCCUCAGUUCAGUGAAAUGGUGGAGUUGUAGAUGCAGCUGGGUGUUCCUCGGGAAUUCUGUUUGCCCUGGGAGCAGGGAUGCACCACUUUGAACUGCCCCUGAGCUCCCGGGGCCACAGAUCCAGGGCUGGGAGAAAUUCCAGCUGCUCUUGGUGCCAUGGCAGGAACAGCCACCUGGAACACCCAGGGACAGGAAUCUGGGGGUGUUCUGGGUGGCUUUUGUGAUGUGUGUUGGCAGCCUGGAAACUGGGGAGGAGACAAAGUGUGGAGCCCUGAUUACUUAAUUUACAGCUGGUUGAGCUUAAUUUAUUGUGCAUUUCUGGCCUGACGUGCAUGUGCUCAGCAGACAGAGUUUCCUCUGCGCUCCCAGCACCCCAGGCUGGCUCUGUGGGAGCACUGGCACCUCUCCCUGGCCAUGGAAUUUUAUGGUUCAGCCAAAGCCUGGGUGCUGAGCACCCCUGGAACCACCACCUUGCUCGUCAGGAGGGUGGGGAGGGGGGAGGCAGUGGGAGAUUCUUGCCUUAGAACACUGUGAAUUCACUGACUGAUCAACACCUGAAAAAUGCAAAGCUUUGAAUUAAAACCAUUAAAAAUGUAA